UGACCUCCACUGACCUUUUGUAACCCCAGGUGACACCCAGGUAACUUCAAGAGCGAAAGAAGGAAUGUGAAGAGAUGCCUUAAUUCCCCCAAGGCCCGCCUUCCUUCCUUUCUCCCUUCCUUCCUCCCUAAAAAUAGCCCUUGGCCCGUCUUACCUGCCGCACCUGCAGCUGGUUUCUUUAUUAACAAAGGCAGCAAAGGAGGAGGAAGAGCCGCAGGUGAGCAAUUAGGACUCCCUCCGGAGCAGCGAGUUUGAUCAUUAACCCCCAGCAGAGAUAUAAAACGGAAUACGGAGGAAAGGAAAGGAAGAGAAGAGAAGAGAAGGAGAAGGAAGGAUGGAGACCACUACGCUCCCGCAGGGGUUCAUGACCACAAUGAAUAAGGCCAGCGACAAGAGGGUGGCAGUGGACAAUGCGGCCGAUAUUGCUGUCAUCGUGAUCUACUUCCUGGUGGUCCUGGCCGUGGGCCUCUGGGCCAUGUAUUCCACGAAUCGUGGGACCGUCGGGGGCUUCUUCCUGGCUGGGCGCAGCAUGUCCUGGUGGCCGAUCGGGGCCUCCCUCUUCGCCAGCAACAUUGGCAGUGGCCAUUUUGUGGGGCUAGCUGGAACUGGGGCAGCUUCUGGGAUUGCCAUCGGUGGCUUCGAGUGGAACGCGCUGGUGAUGGUGGUGGUCCUUGGCUGGGUGUUCGUCCCCAUUUACAUCAAGGCCGGGGUGGUGACGAUGCCGGAGUACCUCAAGAAGCGCUUUGGAGGGAAGCGGAUCCAGAUCUACCUCUCUGUCCUUUCACUCCUGCUCUACAUCUUCACCAAGAUCUCAGCGGACAUCUUCUCCGGGGCCAUCUUCAUCAAGCUGGCCAUGGGGCUGGACAUCUAUGUGGCCAUCAUCAUGCUGCUGGCCAUUACGGCCCUCUACACCAUUACGGGAGGCUUAGCUGCGGUCAUCUACACGGAUACCUUGCAGACCUUGAUCAUGCUGGUGGGGUCCAUCAUUCUUGCUGUAUUCGCCUUCAAUGAAGUGGGGGGCUAUGAUCAGUUCAUGGAGAAGUACAUGAAGGCCAUUCCGACGAUCACGCAAGCCACCGCCAAUAUUUCCGAAAAGUGCUACACACCGCGUCCGGAUGCCUUCAGCAUUUUCCGGGACCCCAUUAAUGGAGACCUGCCUUGGCCAGGACUCAUCUUUGGACUCAGCAUCCUGGCUAUUUGGUACUGGUGCACAGACCAGGUAAUUGUGCAGCGGUGCCUGUCUGCCAAGAACAUGUCUCAUGUCAAAGCGGGCUGCAUCCUGUGCGGAUACAUGAAGCUGCUGCCCAUGUUUCUGAUGGUGAUGCCGGGGAUGAUCAGCCGCAUCCUCUAUACAGAUGAAGUGGCCUGCGUUGACCCCGAUUUCUGCUACCAAACCUGUCAGACAAGGGUGGGCUGCUCCAACGUCGCUUACCCCUUUUUGGUGAUCCGACUCAUGCCCAACGGUCUGCGAGGUCUGAUGCUGUCGGUGAUGCUGGCCUCCCUGAUGUCCUCCUUGACCUCCAUCUUCAACAGUGCCAGCACUCUCUUCACGAUGGACAUCUACACCAAGAUCCGAACCAGAGCCAAGGAGAGGGAGCUCAUGAUUGUUGGAAGGGUCUUCAUUGUGAUCCUGAUCGCCCUGAGCAUCCUCUGGGUCCCGGUCGUCCAGGAGGCCCAAAGUGGGCAGCUCUUCGACUACAUCCAGUCCAUCACCAGCUACUUGGGGCCUCCAAUUGCAGCUGUCUUCUUUCUGGCCAUCUUUUGCAAGAGGGUCAAUGAGACGGGAGCCUUCUGCGGCCUAGUGCUGGGCCUCCUGAUAGGCCUUUCCCGGAUGAUCACAGAGUUUGCCUACGGGACAGGGAGCUGUGUGCAGCCCAGCAACUGUCCGGCCAUCAUCUGCAAGAUCCACUACCUCUACUUCGCCAUGAUCCUCUUUGCCAUCUGCAUAAUCAUCGUCCUGGUCGUCUCCUUUCUCACCAAGCCCAUCGACGACGUCCAUCUUUAUCGGCUCUGCUGGUCCCUCCGCAACCGGACAGAAGAACGGAUCGACCUGGACGCCGAGGAGGAAGUGGCCACAAAGGAAGAGACUGACUACCAGGACCAAACCCAACAAGAGGUCUCCUGUGGCCGGAAGGCGCUGAACUGGUUCUGUGGCCUGGACCAAACUGGCCCCAAACUCAGCCAAUCGGAGGAGGAGGCCCUACGCCAGAAAAUGACCGACACCAGUGAGGUGCCCUUCUGGAAGCGAGUGGUCAAUAUCAACGGCAUCCUGCUUCUAUCUGUGGCCGUUUUUUGCCAUGGAUUCUUCGCCUAGAGGAGCGGGACAAUUUGCAUAUACGGGUGAAAUUUGCAUACAUGAGCGAAAUUUGCACACAAUCUGCAUAUAUUGAUGAAAUUUGUAUAAAAUCUGCAUGUAUGGGAAAAAUUUGUAUAGAAUGCAUAUAUGGGCAUAAUUUGCACAAAAUUCGCAUAUAUGGGUAAAGUUUGUAUAAAAUAAACACAUUGGUAAAAAUUGUAUAAAAUCUGCAUAUAUGUGCAAAAUUUGCAUAAAAUGCCCCAGUGCAUGGAAUUUGCAUAUGUUGUGGAUCUGCAUAUAUUGGCAAAAUUGGUAUAAAAUUUGUAUACAUGGGCAAAACUUGCAUAGAAUCAGCAUAUGUUGGUAAAAUUUGUAUAAAAUCUGCAUAUAUGGACAAUUUUAAUGCCUAAUGCAUGGAAUUUGCAUACAUUUUGCAUGUAUUGGCAACAUUUGCAUUCAUGGGCAAACUUUCCAUAAAAUCGGCAUAUAUUGGCAAAUUUUGCAUAAAGCCCAAGUGCAUGGAAUUUUUUGUAUGUUGCAAAUUUGUGUAUAUUGGCAAAAUUUGCAUAAAAUUGGCAUACAUGGGCAAAAUGUGCAUAAAAUAUCCAAGUACAUGGAAUGGACAUAUGUGAACUUGUGUAUAUUGGCUCAAUUUGCAUAAAAUCGGUAUGUGGGCAAAAUCUGCAUAACAUUGGCAUAUACUGCAUAAAAUGCCCAAGUGCAUGGAACUUGCAUACCUUGUGGAUUUGCAUAUAUUAUCAAAAUUUGCAGAAAAUGCCCAAAUUUGCAUGGAAUUUGCAUACAUUGUGAAUUUGCAAAUCAAAUAUCAUAAAGCAAAUGGAAGCUCUGAAUGGACCAAAAAAAAAGCAGUUCAAAAUUUGCAUAAUUUCCUCACAUAAUUAAUAAGGGGAUUGAUACAUAGAAGGAGGCCAAAGCUGGCCCCUUCACAGCAAAGAAAGCAAUAAUAAUAAUAAUAAUAUGGCAAUCAUUUUUUCCUACUUGAUUUUUCUGCUUCCUUCUUUUUUUGUCUCUUUCUUCCUUGUUUCCACCUUCCUUCCAUUUUUUUAAAAAAUGUGCAAUUUGAAGCA